AUUUAUGUUAGGAUAGUCAUGUGGGGAACAACAAAAAAUCUUUUAGGUAGAAAUUUAAAAAUUAUCUACGCAAAUAAACAUAUUCAAGUAUUACCUCUAAACAAUCUUGCUUUAGGUAGGUAUCUCUCCAGUAGUAAUGACAAAAAUGAGCCUAAUAUCACAGUAGUUGAUAGACAAUGUACAGAAAAGGAUUUUGCAGUAAAAGAAGCAAUAAAUAUUAAACAAACUGCUCGAAAAUUAAAGGUAAUCUGUGCACUUUUAGGCCUUUCCGUCACAUUACUUGGGACGUUUAUGAUCAUAGAACUUCAAAAACCAGAAGAAGUUGGCUCAGGAAUUCCAAAAUGGAAGACAUAUAUAAAAAGGUUGUUAAAGCAAAUUGAAAAUAUAACACUAUUUAUCCAAGAGCCGUCUAGAGAUAAACUUUUACCAGAUCCCGUAAAAUAUCCAUAUUACCAACCACCUUACACAUUAGUGUUGGAGUUUACAGACGUUAUGGCACAUCCAGACUGGACCUAUCACACAGGUUGGAGGUUUAAAAAACGCCCAGGGUUAGAUUACUUGUUAGAGAACCUUGUGGAUCUUUAUGAGAUUGUUGUAUUUACCGCCCAACCAGGGAUGUCCAUUUUUCCAGUAAUUGAAGCUAUGGAUCCAAAAAAUUUAAUCUCAUAUAAGUUGGUUCGAGAUUCUACACAUUUUGUAGAUGGGCUUCAUGUCAAAAAUUUAGAUAAGCUCAAUAGAGAUUUAAGCAAGGUUAUUGUCGUUGACUGGAAUGCUGAAUGUAUCAAAUUUCAUCCAGACAAUCAUUUAAAUGUUGAUAGGUGGCAAGGAGAAAACGAUGAUACUGUUUUGCUAGAUUUGACUUCGUUUUUAAAAACCAUAGCUCACAUGGAAGUUGAAGACGUUAGAGAAGUUCUUAAGUUUUAUAAGCAGUAUGAUGAUCCACUUACUGAGUUUCGUAGGAAACAAAUUCAAUUUUAUGAAGAACAGAAAGAUAUCAAACAGGAGCAUGGACGUUUAUCCAAAACUACUCCAAAAUUUUUUAGCAAGUUGUUUAAUUAUUUAAUCUAAUUCAGUAUGUAAUGCUAAACCAAAUAUUGGAUAUAUCAAUUAUUUUAAAUUUUUACAAAAAAUAUACAUUUUCUUUUUUAAAUUUAA